AUGGUCCUUGCUACAAUUGCCGCCGCGCUCAAUUCACCAGUCUAUAUAGACUAUAAUGAAUUAUUCAUAAACAGCAGCAACAUUCUCGUGGUCCCCUAUGAAAAUGUUACUGCCGCUUUCAAGACGCCUGUCUCUAUCUACUCCACAGCUGUAGAUGGCUUCGACUGGACACAGCCGUACCCAGGCUCCCGCAAAGAUGGACACACGGCAUACCUGGAGAUCUCCCAGGAGAUGCCAUUGUCUGAGUCUAUCGUGCAAAAUUCAACCACGGUCCUGUCGUCCUUGACGUUUGGUAUUCCCGACAGCAUGAGCUCCGGGGGUCAGCCACUGGCCAUGGAUCCCUCAUGGUACAUCUGUCGCCACGUCUUCAUCUCUACCAAGCCUGAGGCGAAGCUGGCCGUCGACAGUGGCAGCAAGUGCGAAUUUCUGUCCCGCACAUGUCAGGACGAUCUCAGGACCAGCCUGACCCAAGAUUGGGGGAAAGCAGCCAACGGCACCAUGUGCUCGGCGCUUGGCUUCGACCCCAUACCGCCGAGCUGUCAGGACUCGUUUGGCUUCGCUCGCCAGGAUGUCAUGGACUUUGACGCCGCGUUCCUCGCAAAUACUACCCUGGCCCCGGCACAGACGAGCAAAGAGCAGCAGCAGUACAGCUGGCGCCUUGGUACCGGAUACCACCACCCUGGCGAUGCUCGCGCCUACGACUUGGCCGCCAACCGGACGUACCUCGUCGCUACCGUUUGGGGCUACAGCGAGAGUGCAAAGACCAUUCAAGUUCCCGAGGUGUCAUUUGGCUGCCUCUCAUCUGGCGCAAGCGACGUCCCACCACCUUCAUCCACCACGACCGCGACUACGGCAUCGACAUCUUCAUCGGCCGCGGGUCCAACGCUAAGACCGGCCUGGAUAGCUACAACGGGUGCUAUGCUAGCAUCGGCAACGGAGUUGCCCUACUCGGCCGCGCUGACAACAAUUGAAAUGGGCUCGCGGCUAUUCAGGUUGCGGACUUCAAGGCGGGACGGAAGCAUCCCUUGA